UACACAUACAAAGUUACUAUUUGGAUCGGGAAUCACCAAUUGAACUCACUGGACAAACCUUGCUUCGAAAUAAACGAAACACCAAUCUACUCCAGGCUAACUUAGCUACUAAAUACACCAUCACCAUGGACGACUGGCAAGACGCAGCAUUCUCCUCCCGACACAUGCACAAUCGUGUAAACCGGAAUGGCGGGAGAGGUGGUGGUAAAAGCAAAAGAAACACCUUCGAUGUCCGCAAAACUUUCGGCAGCUACGAAUGCAAAUGCCCAGCAUGGCAUAGAAUCACUAGCGAACGCGGCUCAUCAGAUCAACACGCUGUACUGGAGUUAUACAGAUUGACAGAGGAUGGUCAAGGUGUAGUCGGAGAGCUUUCAUUACCUGGUGUUUUGCAGGCUGCAGUGAUCUUGGCUGCGAGUAGGAAGAGUCUACAGGGGAUACUAUCGGAAUUGGAACCUGUCAAAUCGCCGCAAGAAGACGAGAAGCCGUCGGAAUCAGCAGAUACCACAGACGACACCGGCGACUUGAAUCAAGACGAGGAUAGCGAUGAGGAAGAGUCAGAACAAGAAGAAGAACCAGAACCCGAUCGCUUCGAAACCUUUGAGAAGAAUAGUUUCCGCGAGCCUAAAUUCUGGCUGCAAUGGAACGGUAUGCUCUCGCCAACAUCAACAGAAUCAGAGAAAGCAGAAUCGGGACUCGGCUACAUCAUCUUUCCGAGCAAUGAUUGUAAGAAAUUCAAGGGGACACUGAAUUGUGCUUCACUAGAGUGGAAGGAUGUCGCUCUUUCUGGUUACAAGAUUGCUCCAAGAUCAGAAUCGGAUAUACCGGUCGCCUGGGGUCCGGAUGGCGUCUCAGUAUGAAGAUAUCAUACAGCGUCGUGGCUGGCUUAGGAUCUGAUGAGUAGUCAGCCGCUGCCUCUUGCUUCAAUAUUGCUUUGACGACGGGUACGAGAACAGCAUUGAAUGCCUGAAUUACCACCUUACUGAUCCAAUCGUAAUUCUACCAAAACCAUUGACUACGAAGAAUCAAUAUGUGUUUCGCUGGUGCCUCGAGCGAAGGAUUCGGCUUACCCCUCCCCCCUCCGAGUUGUUCUGAGCCGCCUUGUAUAUCUUGAGCACUACU